UAUUGGUGAAGAAGCUGAAGGAUACAAAUAAAGAUGUUUAUCUGGUCUCUGGAGGGUUUCGUCAAAUGAUCAAUCCUGUUGCAUCAAUCCUUGGUAUACCGCUUGAAAAUAUCUUUGCCAAUCAAAUACUUUUUGGGAGUAAUGGAGAAUAUGCUGGGUUUGAUAAAAAUGAGCCAACUUCAAGGAAGGGCGGGAAAGCUACUGCAGUUCAACAAUUAAGAAAGGCUCAUGGAUACAAGUCACUGGUCAUGAUCGGUGAUGGUGCUACUGAUCUCGAGGCUCGUAUGCCAGGUGGGGCAGACUUAUUUGUUUGCUAUGGAGGAGUUCAACUAAGAGAACCAGUUGCAGCUAAAGCGGAUUGGCUGGUGUUUAAUUUUAAGGACUUGAUUAAUUCAUUGGUGUAAUGUCCUACGCUUCGCUCUUUCAUCAAUAUUUGUACUUCGGGGCUUAGCUAGCUUUGUACUUCGAUUCUUGAUGUCACUUAUUUGGCUAUUAAACUUUAUAAGAUAAGAUAAGCGCAAAUAUAGUGGAUCUUAGAAAAGAGCAAAAUGAUUGGGAGCUAAGCGCUUGUUUUGCACUGCCACUUGUAUUGUGCAUUUUCUGGAAUAAUUAUUGGACUGUUGCAACUAGAAUGAACGAGGCGCGCUUUCGGAGAAGCUAUCUUUGCUCUUUAGGAUAACAAUCCUGUCCCUUUCAUAUUUUCGAUCGCAUUGCGUGAAAUCCGUUGCAUUUUACACCCCCAAUGUAUGCCAUCUUUUGUGAUUUGCACCCUAAUCUAUUUAUUUUAAUGAUUUGCAUCCUGACCUACUCAUUUCUUUGCAAAACAAGAAAACUACUCUUUUUUUAAAAAAUUAAAAGGGUAAAAUAGGAAAUACAUUGAAAAUAUUCAUUCAGAUUGAGUAUCUGAUGUAUGGCAAUACGGCAUCGCUGACUUCCGGCAUCACUCCAUCUCUUCUUCCUGUUUCUACCUAAUAUGAAGGUCUAUUUGCCUGUUUGCCACCAAUUUAACAUGAUAUCUAAAAAAUCAAAAAGAAGCCACAAUUUUGUUUUUUUUUUGGUUCUCAAUUGAAACAAUUCAACAUUGUAGUUAACGAACAGAAACAUAACUGUGAGACAGUUCAAAAGAAAUAAAUAAACAAACAUAACUGACGAGACAAUCGAAAAAUAAAAAUAAAAUAGACAAAUAUUUACCAAAACAACAACAUCCCUAGCAGCUAAAGCAACAAUAUCAGAACAAGACACAAUCGCAGGGAACACUGCUUCUACUUCUGUUUUGACUCUUUCUACAAUGUACAAAAACAUGUCUUUCUGCAUUUGCCCCAUUUUCUAUCAAAAUUGAUCCGUCGUACCCAAACCAUUUCUUUUGUUUUCGUAUUUUUCAUUAGCAGAUAAUUAACAUGCCGGAAGUCAGCAAUGCCAUUCAUCAGAUACUCAAUCUCAAUGAAAAUUUUCAAUGUAUUUCCUAUUUUAUCCUCUUAGAAUUUUUUAAAAGAAGCAGUAUUCUUGUUUUGCAAAGAAAUGAGUAGGUUAGGCCUUAGGGUGCAAAUCACAAAAAAGGGCAUACUGAUUCUAUUGCGUGAUAUGUUGCAAAUGUUUGGUUGAAAGAUCGAGAGUUGAUGCAUAGCUGAGAUCCGACAAAGCCAAAACUGAAAACUGAAAUUUGAAAUUAUAGGAUACUUGCAUCAAAUUAAGUGUUUUCAUUUUGUUUCCACAUGUUCUAUCAAUAUGAGGCUAUCAAAAGAAAUGAAAUCCAGUACUAGCCUGCAUCAUCUCGAAACUUUCACAUUCACUUUUAAACUGCACAACAGAGUUCUCCGUUCUGUACAGCUUACUCGAAUAGUUCGAGACGUUGUGAGGCUUAUCAAUUCCUAGUUCUAACUCAUUUGGUUGUUUAAUUUUUAAGUUCUUCCACAUAUUGCAAAACCCAAUAAUUUCAACAAGAUUCCAGCUGAAGCUUGCAUUAGCAAGUUGAAUAUUGCUGUUUAUAACCCUUCCCACCUACCUUCUGGCAAUGUUCUCUUAUUUCUUACUUAUUUUUGUGUCUGGUUAAGCAGAAAAUGGGAAAUAAAGGAGGAAAGGUAACAUAAGAUAUUUAAAGAGAUAGGAGAAUGACACCUUAAAUAUUACUUACUACUACAAUUUUUUCAUAUAGAGUUCAAAGGGAAAAUACAUAGACCAGGUAAUAGCCAAACAGGAAGACUGACUCAGCAAAAGACAGAGACACCAAAAACUCCAAAUCUUACAACACCACACACC